CGGGGGGAGCGGGCCGCCGCCGUCGGUCGCCAGGUGGCUACCGUCGGCGGCCGAGCUCAGAGCGCCACGGAAGCGGAAGGAGCCGGACGCGUCUUCCUGGGGCUCCGGAGCGGUGCCAGGGUCAUCCUUCAACAAAGAUUUCUAACGAACUUCGAUCGCGGAUCGUAACUCGAAAGGAAUUUUUACAUAUUCAAAGUGCAAUUAAAGGAAACUUAUUCCACCACAUAUAGUCCUAUACGUUUUUAAUAAAUAAGAUCCUCCUCCUCGAAGAGUGUAUCGUCCGAAGAUGAACGAUUCUCUGGAAGAUUUCAGGCUGCGGUUCGACAACCGGACGGACUUCUGGAACGAUUUAAUGGUAAAUUGGACGCUUUCUAACAUCUCGACCUUCGUAGAAUUUCGCAUCCAAGAGGAACCCCUAAAACCCUAUUACGGAAAGGAAUUGAGCGCCUUCAGAGAGAAGUACGUCUCGGUGCACGGCUACAUCUCCGUCAUCGUAUGUCUGUUCGGCAUUUUGGCCAACGUCCUCAACAUCAUCGUUCUGACCAGAAAGGACAUGAUCUCCCCCACCAACGCCAUCUUGACCGGAUUGGCGGUGGCCGACGUCUCCGUCAUGUCUUCUUACUUACCAUUCGCCAUUCACAAUUACGUCAGAGUGGAUCAGUCGAACGAGGAUAAGUUUUCGUACGGGUGGGCCGUCUUUACUCUGUUCCACGCCCACUUCACCGUGGUGUUCCACACCGUCUCUACGUGGUCGACCGUGGUCCUGGCCGUCUGGAGAUUCCUCUCCAUCGGUUUUCCGGCCAACAACGUCGAGUGGUGUAACAUGAGUCGAGCCAAACUGGCUAUAACUCUGACUUACCUGAACUGCGCGGUGUUUUGCCUUCCGGUUUAUCUCACCUUCCAGAUUCACGAAGUGAGAAAAAACGGGGAAGUUACUUAUCACGUCGGAUUCAGCAGAAUCGCCGAAAGGAGGCAAAAGUUACUCAAGAACGUUAAUUUUUGGAUCUUUAGUGUUUUGACCAAAUUAAUCCCUUGCGUUUUGUUAACGGGACUUAGUUUUGGACUCAUUCGAGUGUUAUACGAAGCCGAUACCAGAAAGCGAAGGUUAAAAAAUCGCUCCGACGGCGAUAAAUCGUGCGACAGAACGACUCGCAUGUUGUUAGCGGUCCUAUUACUCUUUCUGGUAACGGAAUUUCCCUCGGGAAUUUUGGCCCUGUUGAGCGGUAUUUUGGGCAACGACUUUUACGCUAACGUCUAUCAGAAUUUCGGAGAAGUCAUGGACUUUCUGGCUCUAAUCAACAGCGCAAUCAACUUCAUUUUAUACUGUUCCAUGAGUCGUCAGUUUCGAGAUACCUUCACCCAAUUGUUCACUCCCAAGAUAGUCACCAAGUGGGUUGCGGUUCCCUCGGAGCCCGCCACCACCUGCGAAACCACCUUCAUGUGAUUCGUCUCUCGUUUUAAUACCCAAUACAAUAUGCACAUAACUCGUAAUUUUAUAACACUAAGCUCACCACAUUUAACAUCUUUAGUAAUUCUUUUCGGCACGUGCACCAAGAAGAUCGUCCGGGAGGGUCCAAAAUUUUCGCCAACGCGUCAUGCCGGAGCGGAUCCGACAAUAUUUAUUCCUUUAAUCCCAUUCGCGUAUCACUUAAUAAAACUUCUUCGGAAUUUACUAAUAAAGAAAUCAAAACGACAAGACCUUUUGUAUACAAAUAUAUAAGAGGAUCCGUGGUAAUAUUUCAGGCUAUAAUUUACUGGUACAGGAGUAUUUUUAUAUGAAAAAUUAAUAUUUUAAGUGAAGAAUUUUUCCACGAUAAGUUUAUCAAUCUUGGGGCAAAACGUCACUCGUCUAAAUUAUGUGUUUGCGUGUCGUCGGAUGGAUCGGUUCGAAAGCACGGUCAUUCCCUUUAUUUGGGUGAAAGCCGUGAUUGGGGCUCUUUCGAAUCGACUUCCAUCGAAUUGUUGUAACCGAGCUUAUAAACGUGUACAGUACGUUGUUACGGUAAUAAAAUUA